AACUUCUUAGGGCCUGGAUGAAGGUCAAAAACUAAUAUCAGCUUGAUCCAAAACUUUUGUGGCCCAUUAAUGGUAAAUGAUCACUGUUUCCUAUGUUAUGGUCCACCUGAUAAUUGGAUCUCCUUUAUUUUUGGGGAUGGACGGUGUGGAUACAGAAUACAUACGUCAAGGUGGGCCCCACGAUAAGGGCCUCACCGUCUUGUAUGAGGCCGGGGCCUCCCCUAAUCCGCUCCAACUGAACAUUGGUCUGGAUUACCGAACAGCGGGUCCCACUCUUAGAACAGAAAACCCGCGUAACGCGCGCAAAGCCUCGGGUCGCGGAUCCGAUAAUUCCUCCCGCCAUUAAAUUACCAUAUCCGAGCUCUACAGCUUCUCCUUUGCUUUCGUCUCUCCACUUCAAAUGAAGCUUCUCCUCCGUCACCCUUCCCGCUCUCUGCCAAACCCUAACCCUAAUCUCUCCACAAAACGCAGAUCCCUCUGCAAUUCUUCCAAACCCGCCGCCCCAUCUGAUCUCUCCGCCGACCGUGACGAAGGCUUUGUCGCCAUCCUGCGGCAGAUUGUCCGAUCCAAGCCGUACACGUGGAAAUCCUCCCUUGACGCUGCCUUCAUCUCGUGCCGGCUCCAGCCUCGACACGUUGAAAAGGUCCUCCUCCAAACACUCGAUGAUCCCAAAUUGGCCUUGAGAUUCUUCAAUUUCUUAGGCUUGCAUCAUAAUUUCGAUCACUCAACGCUCUCUUUCUGCAUCUUGAUCCAUGCUUUGGUCCGAUCUGAUCAUAAAUGGGCUGCAUCCUCGCUUGUACAGACCCUAAUUUUCACCCGAUCGAAUCCUAACGAAAUCUUUGAAUGCUUGGUUUCUGCUCGUGACGAAUGCCGGGUGUUGUCAUGCCUGGGCUUCGACUUUUUUAUCCAAUCGUACGUUCAGAAUAAGUGCAUUUUGGAUGCGGUUACUAUUGUUAGGAUGAUGAUUGGUCAGGGGCUGGCUCCGGAGGUUAGGAGCAUAAGCAGUGUAUUGAAUGCAUUGGUGAAGAUCCGGCACUUAGAAUUGGCAUCGGAUGUGUUUGAUGAGAUUGUCAGAUGUGGGGCCUGCCCUGACAUUUAUGUGUACACUGCAAUGGUGCGUUGUUUUUGUGAAAGAAGAGAUUUUGCGAAAGCGAAGGAGAUGGUUUUUGAGAUGGAGAAGAAUGGGUGCGGUUCGAGUGUUGUGCCUUACAAUGUGUUGAUUCAUGGCUUGUGCAAGAAUCGGAGAGCUUUCGAGGCAGUCGAAGUUAAGAACAGGCUGUGGGGGAGAGGACCGAGAGCAGAUGUUGUUACCUACUGUACAUUGGUGUUAGGCUUGUGUAAGGUGGAAGAGGUGGAAAUGGCAGCUCGUUUUAUGGAUGAGAUGGUUGGAUUGGGGUUUGUUCCAAGCGAAGCUGCCUCCUCAUCUAUGGUGGAGGCAUUGAGGCGGAAUGGGAAGGUUGAGGAGGCUUUUGAUUUGGUGGGUAGAUUGUGGAAGAUUGGUAUAAUACCAAACUUGUUUGCUUACAAUGCAUUGAUUAAUGCAUUAUGCAAAGUUGGGAAGUUGGACGAGGCGGACUUGCUUUUUAGGAAGAUGGGUGACAAGGGUCUUUUCCCAAAUGAUGUUACCUUUUCAAUUCUGAUUGAUGCAUAUUGCAAGAAUGGGAAGCUGAAUGAUGGGCUUAUUCUGUUUGGUAAAAUGACAGAGGCAGGGAUAAGGGGUAGUGUUUAUCCAUACAAUGCUCUGAUCAAUGGGCACUGCAAAAUGGGGAAAUUGAGUGAUGCGGAGUUAUUGUUUCAGGAUAUGGUCCAAAGGGGAACGGUACCAAAUGUUGUAACUUACACAUCGAUGAUAAGUGGAUUUUGCAAGGAAGGGGACUUGGGUAAGGCAUUUGAGUACCAUCACGAGAUGGUGAGGAAAGGCAUAUCUCCGAAUACGUACACAUUUACUGCUCUCAUUGAUGGUCUUUGUCGUGCAAAUAUGAUGGUGGAAGCAAGAAAACUGUUUGAUGAAAUGGUAGAACAGAAUGUAGUGCCCAAUGAAGUGACUUAUAAUGUCAUGAUUGAUGGGUAUUGCAGGGGAGGGAACACAGUACGAGCAUUUGAAUUAUAUGACGAGAUGAUUGCAAAAGGUCUUAUGCCAGAUACAUAUACUUAUAGGCCCCUUAUAAGUGGACUCUGCAUGACAGGUAGAGUCUCCGAAGCCAAAGAAUUCAUGGAUGAUCUUCACCGUGAAAAUUGCAGACUCAAUGAGAUUUGUUUUAGUGCACUUAUGCAUGGAUACUGUAAAGAAGGUAGACUAAAUGAAGUCUAUAAUGUUUGCAAGGAGAUGGUGGAAAGAGGAGUUGACAUGGAUCUAAUUUGCUAUGGUAUACUUAUUUAUGGAGUUCUAAAGCACCAUGAUAAGAUAAAAUUACUUUGUAUAUUGAAGGAGAUGCUCAAUAGAGGCCUGAGGCCUGAUAAUGUAAUCUAUACUACUGUAAUUGAUAGAUAUUGCAAACAAGGAAACCUCACAGAGGCAUUUGGCUUCUGGAAUAAGAUGAUCACAGAAGGCUGCAUCCCUAAUGUUGUAACGUACACUGUGCUAAUAAAUGGAUUGUGUAAGGCUGGGUUUGUAGACAAGGCAGAGCUGCUUUGUAAGGAAAUGCUGGUUAAAAGCUUCCUACCUAAUGAGAUGACUUAUGGUUGUUUUCUUGACCGGCUUACCAAGGAUGGAAAUAUGGAGAAAGCUGUGGAGCUGCAUAAGGCAAUGGUAGGAGGGCUUUUAGCAAACUCUGUGACUUACAAUAUGUUGAUCAAUGGUUUCUGUAAAUCAGGCAGAAUCCAGGAUGCAACUGCACUCCUGGGUGAAAUGAUUAAUGAUGGCAGGUCGCCUGAUUGCAUCAGUUAUUCGAUACUUAUUUAUGAGUACUGCAGAAGGGGUGACUUACAUGCAGCUUUAAAGCUGUGGAAUGAGAUGCUAAAUAUGGGGCUGAAGCCUGAUACGCUGGCAUAUAAUUUUUUGAUAUAUGGAUGCUGUAUUAGUGGAGCACUAACAAAGGCUUUUCAAUUGCACGAUGAUAUGAUAGCAAGUGGCUCAAAACCAAACUGGGUUACGUAUAAUGCUCCUCCAUGGAACUUGUUUGAUGGGUAGUAUGGAAAGAUCUGUCUUGUCUACUGGAUGGAAAUCAUGAAAAGCGCGCUUAUAGCAGUUACAAAUACUUUCUCGACACUCUCAACAUAAAUUAGGGUUGUCUGGAAUGCCUCGCAAUGCGGUGGGCAGAUUGCAUACCACAAAUUUGAAUGAGACUGCGAUGAUAAUAUGCCCAACCCAUUACAGUGGCAUUCUCAUCAUGGGGCGGAUUUUGCAGAUGGGCGAAUUUAGUGUAUUUUGUCUUCUGCUAUUUUUGGGAUGGCCGGAUAUAGCUCUGCUUCUGCAAAAUGGGGCUGGGUGUCAUUCUCAGUCUGGUGUAUAUCCAACCAGGUCUUUACCAGGUUGGAAUGCAAAGUGGAACUAAAAGAUGAGGUGAAGUGCAUCCAUGCAGAGAACAUGGAAUCAUUACUGCUGGAUAUAGGAUGAAGAUCGUCCUCUCAGUGCUAAUUGCAGUUGUUGUGUGUUUGAGAAGGGGCUAAGCUUCUCUGACAAGCAUGGUCACUUCAUUUAGGACCUUUUAGUGCAAGAAGUGAUGGCAAAUGUGAGAUUGCGAAAAGAGCAGCAUGCUUUCUGAGAACAUGAUGCCACAAAACAAUACCAGGUGUGGUGCAUGAAAAACUGUGAAAUUUCUUUAAGAUUGCCGAUCUUUUGUCAUUGCACAUUUUCUUUGUUCUUAGGGAUUAUUUUUAUCCGCCUAUAAAUCUAUUUCAACUCCUAAAGCAAACAACAAGGGAAUUUUCUGACAUGUAGUAUUAAAUUUAGGGCAAUUACAAAGAAAAAGAGCAAAGAAGUUUCUCCAACUGCACUUCCUAUUUUUUGUUCUCAUUGAAAAUAAUCAAUAAACCUGCAGGAGUUCUAGUUACUGAUUAAUUGCUUCGAAAUGGGAUGUAAUAUGAGGGUUAUUUGUGUGGUAACUACUGAGGAUCUCAUUUACUCGGUGAUCCUUUAAUUUGCCAAGGGUUUCAAUUUAUUGCACUCUUCUUCCUCGACACGUCUUCACUUCCUUAAGAUAGGAAGGAACAACAAUUAAAGAGAGAAGAAAACCACUGAGGAAAAACUGAAGGGCAGUGUCGUUGGAUUUUGACCACCACUCCAAAUUGCUGAGGCGAGGAGUGA